CUUGAAUAGUACAAUCGUAAUUCUUGAUCGUGAUCCAUCCACGGCUAGAAUUACGUACUCUCAUUCUAGUAGGUCGGAUAAGUUGUUUCGCGUUACUUCGUGAGAUAAUUUCGUUUAGUUCUUCUUGUUGUUGAUGUUUUCACAUGCGAUUAUUUCGUUGAAUUUUCAAUUGAAUUCGUUUCGUCUGGAUACGUUCUAAUCGGUAUUUUUACGUUUUAACGUAACAAAAUGCCAGUAUUCCACACAAAAACCAUAGAAAGUAUUCUUGAACCUGUCGCACAGCAGGUUUCGAGACUUGUCAUCUUACACGAGGAAGCUGAAGAUGGAAAUGCAAUGCCUGAUUUGGGAAGGCCUGUGCAAGCAGUUAGUAUGGCAGUAGCAAAUCUUGUUAAGGUAGGAAAAGAAACGAUUAAUUCCUCUGACGAUGCUUUGCUUAAACAAGAUAUGCCUGCUGCUUUACAACGAGUUGAAGGAGCUUCGCGUCUUUUGGAAGAGGCAUCUGCUAUGUUGAAACAAGACCCAUAUUCUGGACCAGCUAGGAAAAAGCUUAUAGAAGGUUCGCGUGGUAUCCUUCAGGGAACUAGUUCUUUGUUGCUGUGCUUUGAUGAAAGCGAAGUACGUAAAAUUAUUAGGGAAUGCAAAAGGGUAUUGGACUAUUUGGCAGUCACAGAAGUUAUCGAAACGAUGGAAGAUUUAGUUCAUUUUCUUAAAAAUUUAAGUCCGUGUCUCAGUAAAGUAUCGAAAGAAGUAAGUGCUCGUGAGAAAGAGUUGACUCAUCAAGUUCACAGAGAAAUUCUAGUGCGUUGUUUGGAUCAGGUAAAAACACUUGCGCCGAUCCUCAUCUGCUCUAUGAAGAUAUUUAUUCACAUUAUCUCUCAAGGAAGUAAAGGCGCGGAAGAAGCAGCUGAGAAUCGUAAUUAUUUAGCUGGCAGAAUGUCAGAUGAAUUAAAUGAAAUUAUCAGGGUGUUGCAACUUACAACUUACGACGAAGAAGAAUGGGACGCUGAUCAAUUAACAGUAUUGAAAAAGGCACAAAGUGCUAUUGAAUCUAGGAUAAGAGCCGCUUACGAUUGGUUGGACGAUGGACUUGCUUUACGCGGUGGAGUAGGAGAGAAGAGUCUUCGUCAAAUAGUCGAACAAGCGCAACGAUUAGCGGAGAGAUAUCUUCCUCCUUCGCAGGCAGAACCAUUGCAAAAAUUAACUUCGCAAAUUGUUACCAUGACCAAUGCGCUUUGCGAACUAAGACAAAAUGAGAAAGGAACUACGCCGCAAGCGGAAGCUUUGGCACGUGGUAUAAAAGAAAAAACAAACGAACUUCGCAGUUCUAUUGCCUCUGCUAUAGUUGCUGCUGAUAAGUCUGGAACCACGCAAACUGCUCACACGGUUGCAGGUCGUUUGGAGCAAGCAAGUAAAUGGCUUCUUAAUCCGCAACAUGAUGACAAAGGACUUGGUCAGAGAGCUAUAGCUUUGAUCAUACAGGAAGGAAAGAAGGUUGCCGAGGGUUUGCCAGGCAUACAUAAAGCGGAAAUUUUGCAACUUUGCGACGAAGUUGACAACCUCUCCCAUCAACUUGGAGAUUUAUGCGCUCACGGUCAAGGAAAUACACCUCGUGCUCAAGAAAUUGCGCGUCAGUUGUCGCACAAACUGUACGAACUGAAAAACAGAAUACAACAAGCUGUCGUAUCGAGGGUGGUCGAAGAUUUCAUCGAUAUAACGACGCCUUUGAAACAAUUUACGGACGCUGUGUUAGCCCCGGAAGGCACUUUAGGCCGCGAGCAAAACUUCAACGACAAAACGCACGCUCUUCGAACAUUUUCCAACAGGGCAGCAAAAACGGCCAGAAUGGUGGCUGCUGGUGGUACGCGAACGUAUUGUUACUACAAUUCUGUUGUAAAAUCUUGUAAAAUUUUACUACGAUCCUGUUGUAAAAUUUUAGGUAGCGGAGGUAACAAAAAAUUGGCGGAAGCGUUGACCGCGAGUGCUUCGCAAGUUGAAUCUUUAACACCGCAAUUGAUCAAUGCCGGACGAAUUCGAAUGACUUACCAGGACAGUAGAGCUGCGGACGAACAUUUCGAAAAUUUGCGACAGCAAUAUGCAGAAACGAUGCAAAGGACACGCGCGUUGUGCGACGAAGCAACUGACAGUGGGGAUUUCAUCAGAACUUCCGAGGAACAAAUGCAAAAGCAUUCGUUCCUGUGUGAAGAGGCUAUAGCGAAGAGUCAUCCGCAAAAAAUGGUUGACAAUACGGCUGCCAUUGCUAGAUUGGCUAACAGGGUAAUUCUCGUGGCAAAGCAAGAAAGUGACAAUAGCGAGGACCCCGCGUUCAUUCAGAGAGUGAAUCAAGCCACAGAUAUUCUUCAAAACGUUGGUGAACCAUUGAGAAAUCAACCAUCGCCGAGCAAUUUAUGUGUCGUCGACUCUAGUCUAAAUACAAAUAAACCCCAGCAUCGCUCUAUCAGCCCGUUACCGAAGUGGGCGCGUGAAGAAAUCGUCCCACCGCGUCCACCUUUGCCUGGUGGAGAUAUUCCACCUCCGCGACCUCCACCGCCUGAAACAGAUGACGAAGAUGAAAUGUUUAUGCACGCACCGCAGCCUAAUCAGCCUAUUAUGAUGGCUGCCCAUGGCUUGCAUCAAGAAGUACGACAAUGGUCCAGCAAAGAUAAUGAAAUUAUCGCUGCUGCGAAGAAAAUGGCUAUUUUAAUGGGCAGAUUGUCAGGCCUAGUUAGAGGAGAAGGUGGCAAUAAAAGGGAUUUGAUCGCAUGUGCCAAGGCCAUUGCAGAAGCUUCCCAGGAAGUAACUCGUUUAGCUAAAGAGUUGGCUAGAGAAUGUACGGACAAACGUAUUCGUACUGUACCGAGGAAGAUCAAGAAGCAACGGAUAUGUUGGUUGGAAAUGCUCAAAAUCUUAUGCAGAGUGUAAAGGAAACUGUUCGUGCCGCGGAGUGUGCCAGCAUAAAAAUACGUACCGCGUCUGUCAAGCAACAAUUAGUAGUAAUUGUACAACUAGCAAUGAUUAUGAAUAAAGAAAAAUGUGAACUUAAGUUUUUAUGGUUUUGUAUAAUUAGAUCUAUUUUAAAUGUUUGA